AUGGCUGUUGCACAACUGAAAACAAAAGCCUGUCUUAUUUGUAUUGAUGGAUGGGGUAUAGCCGAUGCCGACCAUAUUAAUGGGGAUGCUAUUCAUGCAGCUGACACACCAUGGAUGGAUAAAUUGGCCAAAGAAUAUCCAUACACUACAUUGAAGGCACACGGAUUGUCAGUCGGGUUGCCGGAUGGUUUAAUGGGUAAUUCUGAAGUUGGACAUUUGAAUAUUGGCGCUGGUCGCGUGGUUUUUCAGGAUAUUGUCAGAAUUGACUCAGCUGUCAAAAACAAGGAAUUUAUCAACAUCGAGAACAUUGCCAAAUCAUUUGAUCACGCAAAGAAUGGUAACGGAAAAAUUCAUUUCUUGGGUUUG